AGUUGAGGGUUAGCCCUUGCGCAUGACUCCAUUACAUUAACGUUACACAAGUCGUUGGGAGAAGGCGUGUUCUUUACGGGGAGUUGUAUAAGACUGACGCUCAAUCUGAUCAUUAAGACGCGUCGCUUGCGUUAAGGUGCUUACGCUUCCAGAAACCUUAUCUUUCGUAUCACCGACAAAUAACAAUACAAUUGUUUUACGUUGAUACACGCCAUAUCCAUGUUACUGCGGUUGUUUACGGAAGACAAGAGGCUACCUACCACAUGUGCUAAUUAGCUAUUAUCUAGCAUGCUCUGAACACCUGUGUGUGAGCAUAACUCGAAAUGUAGUUUCGUCAGAUUGAGGCACCCAUAGAGCUGUAUAGAUCUGUGCAAAAGUAUAUAUUUUUUCCAUUUUGAAUGAUUCUUUGUCGCUGAUGAAAGAUCAGUUUCUAAAGUCAUAUCACAAGCGGUGAAUAUUGACGUUUCUAAACGUUAAAACACAGGGUAGGGAUUGUUGUGGGCAAAGCUAUUGGCUGAAAACGGUUGUGUUUUCGAGAGCAAGUUGAGGUUGAGCUUCUCUGAAUUGAAACAUACUGAACAAAAAUAAACACAAUUUCAAAUAUUUUGAGUUAUUGUUCAUAUGGCUGGCGUGGUUACACGCGGUCUGUGGUUGUGAGGCCAGGUGGACAUGCCUCCGUCAUUUUAUGGUAGAGAAAUUCACAUCCAGUUCUCUCUGGCACCAGCUCUGGUGGACAUUCCUGCAAUCACCAUGCAAAUUGCGUGCUCCCUCAACUUGACAUCUGUGUCAUGUGACGAAACUGCACAAUUUAAAGUGACCUCUCAUUGUCCCCAGGACAAGGUGCACCUGUGUUAAUAAUCAUGCUGUUUAAUCAUCUUGAUAUGUCACACCUCUCAGGUGGACGGAUUAUCUUGGCAUUGGAAAAAUGCUAACUAAUAGGGAUGUAAACAAAUGCUCCACCAACGGUUUACUACAUUCCAGAUUUCAUAACAGAGGAUGAGGAAUCUCAACUAUUACAACAGGUGUAUAAGGCACCAAAAACUAAAUGGACACAGUUAUCCAACAGAAGGCUCCAGAACUGGGGUGGGCUGCCUCGUCCGAAAGGGAUGCUUGGAGAGAAGCUUCCUGAUUGGCUCCUGAAGUACUGCGAGAGAAUAUCUGCUCUUGGUGCAUUUGCUGGGAAGACUGCCAAUCAUGUGCUGGUGAAUGAAUACAAGCCAGGGGAGGGAAUAAUGCCCCAUGAGGACGGGCCUCUGUACCAUCCCACAGUGACAACCAUUAGCCUGGGCUCCCACACAUUGCUAGACUUCUACAGGCCCAUCAGCACCCAGGAGCUGGAUGAGGUGCCACAGACUGAGGAGAGCCGCUACCUCCUGUCUCUGCUGGUGCGGCCGCGGAGCCUCCUCAUCCUCCAGGACGACAUGUACGAGCGCCUCCUCCACGGCAUCCAGGGGACGCACCACGACUCCCUCACUGAAAGGGUGGCCAACCUGCUCACUACCGGGGUCCUGCCAGGGGCCACAUUAACCCGAGGCACCAGGGUGUCCCUCACCGUGCGUCACGUGCCCAUAGUCAUGAGGGCCAAUCUGCUCCUGGGCAGGAAAUGACAAGAGGAAGUGACAUUUGAGGACUUGGGAAAAAAUUGACACCAUGAUACAGACUGACUUGAUUAUGUCAUUCAUUGUCUGCCAAGGAAAAGUUUAAAUGGGAUCCUUGGGAUGUCCCAAAUUUCAAACGGGUAGGGUUGUUGCAGUGGAUAUAUUACCGCCACACUGGCAGUCAUUAGUCAUGGCUGCAGUAAAGAUCCACAUGACAACGGUCACGGUAAUCUCCUCUGUGUUCUGGACAUGCGUUGGUAGCAGGGCCUUAAAUGUGUAAUUCACUAUCCACGUUGGCAGGUGGUAAUACUCAGGGCUCUACAGUGUGAGCAUUUCAUAAAAAUAGUCAAUGGGCACAAGUGCCAGUUGUGAUUUAUACCAAAAUAAAUGCCAUUUUGUUUUAUAUAUGGUAAUGCACAAUGAAAUCUGAAUCCUGACGUUAUAGCUAUCCCACCUCGCACAGCAAUGCUGCCUGUCUAGGGGGCUAUGAGCACCAUGUGUGAAGUGCUAAAAGGUUUGUUUUUAGAAGCAAUGCGCACAGGAAUAAAAGUUGGUCUAAUUUACUCAAUUUGACUACAGUGA